CAGUAUCUGCCCCAAAUUAACUCCACGCCCACCGCACCGGUCCAUUGGCAGCUGCGUCUCAGGACUCAGCGCCAUUAACGAGCUGGCGAAGAUGGGCGACCCGAAUCUCCUGGAAGUGGUGGCCGUGGAAGGGAAAAAAUCCAGUAGAGAUACCAGCUAUGCUUUCAACAAGAAUGAGCAUUAUGACUUCUCUGGGUGCUGUCAGCAGAGUCGGAGCAGCAGAGAAUCCAGCUUUUUCUCUGCAGAGGAGUUCUUGCCUGCAAAGCGAUACAAUUUGUUCCUGAGGCGGCGUCUCAUGUUUCAAAAACAUAAGCAAAGCAAAGAUUCUAUCUUCUUCCGAGACGGGAUUAGGCAGAUUGAUUUUGUCCUGUCCUAUGUUGAUGACAUAAAGAAAGAUGCAGAGAUAAAGGCAGAAAGAAGAAAUGUGUUUGAACGAAAUCUGAGAAAAACAGGUCUUGAGUUAGAAGUUGAAGAUAAAAGGGACUCUGAAGAUGGAAGAACUUAUUUUGUCAAGAUUCAUGCCCCUUGGGAGGUAUUAGUUACUUAUGCUGAAGUGUUAGGAAUCAAAAUGCCCGUUAAGGAAAGUGAUAUUCCUCGAGCCGAGUGGACUCCCAUAAGCUAUAUGCUUGGGGCUGUGAGACUCCCACCAAAUGUGAAGUUUCCUCACCCUGAAUAUUUCACUGUCCAGUUCAGCAGACAUCGGCAGGAGCUCUUCCUCAUUGAUGAUCCAGCAAGCUUCUUUCCAUCCUCAGCAAGGAACAGAAUUGUAUACUACAUUCUCUCAAGGUGUCCUUUCGGCAUAGAGGAUGGGAAGAAAAAGUUUGGGAUUGAGAGACUACUAAACUCUAACACUUACUCAGCAGCCUACCCACUCCACGAUGGCCAAUAUUGGAAGCCAUCAGAACCUCCCAAUCCUGUUAAUGAAAGGUACAUACUUCACCAGAAUUGGGCUCGAUUUUCCUUUUUUUACAAGGAGCAACCUUUAGAUUUGAUUAGGAAUUAUUAUGGAGAAAAAAUUGGCAUCUAUUUUGUUUUUCUUGGAUUUUACACGGAAAUGUUGUUCUUUGCAGCCAUAGUUGGCUUAGCUUGUUUUAUUUAUGGUUUAUUAUCAAUGAACGGUAACACAAACAGCAUGGAAAUCUGUGACCCUCAGAUUGGAGGUCAGAUGAUCAUGUGUCCACUCUGUGACCUAGUGUGUGAUUAUUGGAGACUAAAUAGUACUUGUUUAGCUUCAAAGAUCUCCCAUUUGUUUGAUAAUGAAUCAACAGUGUUCUUUGCAGUAUUCAUGGGAGUUUGGGUCACCUUGUUUUUGGAGUUUUGGAAACAGCGACAAGCCCGACUGGAAUAUGAAUGGGACCUGGUGGACUUUGAAGAGGAACAGCAGCAGCUUCAGCUGAGACCCGAAUUUGAAGCUAUGUGUAAACACAGGAAAAUGAAUCCAGUAACGAAGGAGAUGGAACCUCACAUGCCGUUACGUUCCCGUAUUCCAUGGUACCUGUGCUCAGGAGCCACGGUAGUGUUAUGGAUGUCUCUGGUCCUCAGCAGCAUGGUAGCUGUCAUUGUGUACCGCCUGUCCGUCUUUGCAACAUUUGCUAGCUUCAUGGAAAAGGAUGCAUCCUUAAAGCACGUCAAAAGUUUCUUUACUCCCCAGAUAGCUACAUCACUCACAGGAUCAUGCUUUAACUUUAUCGUCAUCUUGAUCUUGAAUUUCUUUUAUGAAAAGAUAUCUGCCUGGAUGACAAAAAUGGAAAUUCCUCGAACUUACCAGGAGUACGAAAGCAGUCUUACCUUGAAAAUGUUCCUAUUUCAAUUUGUAAAUUAUUACUCGUCCUGCUUCUACGUAGCUUUCUUUAAAGGGAAGUUCGUGGGCUAUCCUGGAAAAUACACAUAUAUGUUUAAUGUGUGGAGAAGUGAAGAGUGUGAUCCUGGUGGCUGCCUAAUAGAAUUAACGACCCAGUUGACCAUCAUAAUGAUUGGGAAACAGAUUUGUGGAAACGUUAAAGAAGCCAUUUAUCCGUUAGCUUUGAAUUGGUGGAGACGCCGAAAAACUCGGGCCAACUCGGAGAAACUAUACAGUCGAUGGGAGCAGGAUCAUGACCUUGAAUCUUUUGGCCCCCUGGGUCUGUUCUAUGAAUAUUUAGAAACAGUUACUCAAUUUGGAUUUGUUACACUAUUUGUGGCCUCUUUUCCUUUGGCUCCUCUUUUUGCUCUCAUAAAUAAUAUCGUAGGGAUACGAGUGGAUGCCUGGAAACUUACUACUCAGUACAGGAGAACUGUAGCCUCUAAAGCUCAUAGCAUAGGUGUUUGGCAAGACAUUCUUUUUGGAAUGGCUGUCCUUUCGGUUGCAACUAAUGCGUUUAUAGUUGCAUUUACAUCAGACAUCAUUCCUCGUUUAGUUUACUACUACGCCUACUCAACAAAUGCUGUCCACCCUAUGAGAGGAUAUGUGAAUAACAGCCUGUCAGUGUUCCUGAUAGCUGAUUUUCCAAAUCAAACUGCACCUUCGGGAAAGCAAGACUUCGCCACUUGCAGGUAUAGAGAUUACAGAUAUCCUCCUGAUCAUGAGAGGAAAUAUUUUCGUAAUAUGCAAUUCUGGCAUGUCCUUGCUGCUAAGAUGACCUUCAUCAUAAUUAUAGAACACAUUGUGUUUUUAGUUAAAUUUUUGUUGGCCUGGAUGAUACCUGAUGUUCCAAAAGACGUUGAGGAGAGAAUCAAAAGAGAAAAGUUAAUGACCAUCAAGAUUAUCCAUGACUUUGAGCUCAACAAAUUAAAAGAGCACUUGGGAAUUAAUGAUACCGAAUUUUCCAAGCAUGUCAUGAUUGAGGAAAACAAAGUACAACUGGCCAGAUCGACAAUCUAAUCAGCAUAAUGAGCAAGCAGCUGGUUGCCUGUCUCACUUCACUUUUCCUCCCAGGUUAUGGGCCAGAGGCCAGAAGCCAUAUGUCAGUUUUACCCUUUCUUCAUUUUUUUUUUUUUUUAACUCAGAGUUUUUGUACACUUUUAUAGAAGCCAACUUCGUGAUAUUGGAAGAGUACCACUUCUCUGUUUCAUUGGCUGGGCCCUUUCCAAAUAUUGUUUUCUGAAGUCCUGUAAAUGAUUGUUGAACAUUCAUGUAGAAUCAGAAUAUUGGGAAAUCAUGGAGUGUUGCAGCUUAGAACAAAACACUGGACUUGGGCUGUCCCAUCACUUUCCAGUGCAUCUACACAUUUUGAUGGUCUUCUGUUGGGUUGUUUCAUAUCUCCUUCCCAUCAAGAAAAAUGUUGGGACAAAAAUAAAGGGAGCAAAGAGGCCAAGUGAGAUAUAUCUAACCUGCUAUUUUUAAAUGUGCAAAUAAAAAACCAAAAUCAGUAAACUUGCAUACUAAAGAACUUCUGUAUCAUAGCAGGGGUUUGUUCCUGAAAUUGUCCUGAAUAAGUUCAACUUCCAUCAGAAUCUCAGAUAGACCCUCCUGGUAAUGCAGGAUUUAUUUUUUCAAGAAACUGAACUUUUGAGUUUUACAAAAAACCAACAACUCAGUUCUUAAAGAUAACAUUUUUGUUAUCUUUAAACUACUGUGUUUUGAAAUUAACACAGUAGUUUCAAGCAUCACGAAGGUGUCAGAUUGCUUCAGGUCUUAAAGUAAAGAUAUUAUAGAGAAUUAAAUGUGUUUUCUUUAGUACUUAAAGAAUGCCAGACAAUGUAUCCUGAUUAAUUUUUUGACCUUAAUCUAGAAAAUUGUCAAAUUAUCUUUUAAAAAUCAGUUUUCUUCUGGAGUGCCUAUUUUGCAUCAUGAAACCUUUUUAAGUACUAGCUGUUUGUAGACAUUAGUAACAUGCUAUUUAUGAAACGUGAUCUCUUUUAAACAAUCUGAGAUCUUUUAACAAGUUUACAACCUUUUCUAUUGAUGUUUCACCUUAUACAAUACUAAGUGCCUUGCGCUUAUGCUUUUGACACACAAGAAGUCAUAUUGUUGAUGACUGAUGUGAUAUAACAUCUCAGUGUAAGCUUGUUUUAGAGAACUAUCAUUGUAACAACCACCGUAGACUUCAAUAGCAAAAGAGGAUUAACCAAGUGAAGUGAUGGACUUGAUAGCUAAGUGAAAAGAUGUGUUUGUGGAAUUAUUCCUCUCAAAUGUAGGCCGGUAGUACAACAAGUCUUGUUCUUAAAAAAAUACUGCUUAUGUAAGAUGUGUGUGCCUGCAUAUUGUUUCUAGAGUGAUUGAUACAGUCCAAUUAUUUAGGAUCUGAAUCUCUAGUUGGAAAUUACAAUUUGCUUCCAGAAGAAUAGUGUUUUUUAACUUUACACAUAAGAAACUUUCUCACAAUAUUUUUAAAGUAGUGUUUCAUUAUCUAAUGCUAAUAAAUCUUUAUAGCUUUUCCAGUAUGAAAUAUAUGGCAGAUGGUAUUAACUACUAAUCAAUAUUUAGCAUUUAGAACUGGGGAUUAUGGAUUUUAUAAAACUAUGGGACAUUUACCUAGUCUUGGCAAUACCAAUUUGUCAUCCACUGGGUAGGCUUUAUGAACAUUUUUUGAUAAUUUGAAGUGAUCUCAUUAGUGAAAAAUAAUUUCAUAUGUGGAGGAGAUAAUAUUUCUUGCCUGAGAAAACCAGUCAGGGUUACCAUGAAAUAAGCCAGAGACGCAGUAUUUUUUGGUUUGUCAAGUCAAACUCUGUGUUACUACAGCCUUAUACAUUGCAUAUUGCUCAUAUUGCUUCCUUCCUAGGUGCUGAUAAAAAGAAGAAAGAGCAUGGAAAUUGGUUUCUUGUCUAUAAACUUUAAUUUUUAUGACUUAAAAGUGCUUAUAGAGCUAGACUGGAACAUGAAUAAAGACAAAUUUAACUCACAAAGUCAUCUGUACACUGCAAUCUUACAGCAAACCAAUGCAACUGUUGGAUUUCCCAUGUUUAUGGAAAAUCUGGCAAGGGAGGAAAAGAAGUAAAUAAUUCUUGUGACUUGUGGAUACUUCCCUUUUGAAAUGUUAUUUAAAGAUAAUGCGUAUUUACUUUUAAAUUUCCUACCCAAAAAUUUAUCUUCAUUUUACAGAUUUUAAAAUGAAAUACAAGUAUCCUUCAUGUUCAUGAAUGCAUGCUAGCCAAAAUCAAGAGCCAAAACAAUUCAGAUAGAUUUGUCUCAUCUACUUAAAGCCAUUGGUGAGGGGUCAAGGAAGAUCACUUGGCCACCAAAUAGGAGUUGAGAUUUACUAGCAUGGCAGGUGAUUUUAUUCUCCAAUCAAACCCACAGGUUUUAUUUUUUAAUUUUCAGAAAUGUUAUAGGGAACAUUAGAGACUUUAUGUAAAAUACAAUUUUAAGUGACAAAGCCAAAAAAUACUUAUUUUCAAAUGCACUUUCUCAUCCUUACCUUUAUCAACUUUUCAGUGAACACCAGAAGCAGAAUCCAGUUCAUAAUAUUUACUUUAGAGGAGUCCAACAAAAAGGGGGUUUCUUAGUUAGAUGGAAUGUUGUCUUGUUUUUUGCUGCAUCUCAUGACAACUACAUCUUCUUUUAGCUCUAACAUCUUUUAACCAAGCCAUUAAGCAAGUUAUCAAAGUGGAAAAGAAAAAGGAGCCUCGCUUGAGCCCAGGAGUUGGAGGUUGCUGUGAGCUGUGAUGCCAGAGCACUCUACCCAAGGUGACAGCUUGAGGUUCUGUCUCAAAAAAAAGAAGAAGAGGACGAGGGGAAGGAGAAAAAAGGAAAGGGGGAGGAUGAGGAUGAAGAUAAAGAGAAAGGAGGAAGGAGAGAGCUUUAUUUAUGAAUCCUAUUUCCAAGAGAGAAAGAGGUGUUCUGAGAGGGUGUGGUGCAGGGGAGGGUGGUAAGAAGUAUCACCCUUUCCCAAGUCAUCUUAGGAAGGUGAGAGAAAAGCUAAAGAAAUUUCCAGUUGAUAACUAUUAUGUUUUAAACUAAAACUUAGGUUUCAAACUGACUUUGUAACGUCAGAUUCUGUGGUAGCCAUGGUUCUCUGUUAAUUGACACCAGUUGACACCAGGACCUUACUUGUACUGCUCAUUCAAAAAGGGAGUCUAUUGUUCUGAAAGAACCUCUUUUGCAAAUUUUAACGUUGACGGUAGCUAUUUUGCAGUUGAAGAACAUUAUUAAGGAAAGUAGCACUGCAGGAAGUAACACUGUCCAGGCUUAGAAAUCUGCCAACUGAAUCAUUGUAACUAUUGUGUUAUUCAUUUUCUAGGCAAAUUGUGACUCUUCUACUUUUAUGUGUAAUAAUUCAAGUCUGUCAUUUAUUCCAGCAUUAUGUAAAAAUUGAUGGGAAUGCUCAAAAGAAUAGUGUUGUUUAAUUUGUCUGAGAAACCUACUUACAUCCCCGCAAGACCUUUGAGUAGGUAAAUCUCCGCUAUGUGAGAUAUGGGCCCAGGUGUGAACCCAUAAAAUAAGUCCUCUUUUUU